ACUAGUGUAAUAUAAUAAAUUAUUUUUUGGGGUAAUUUUUUUUUACAUUAUGAAUAUUAAAUAACAUUUUAAUUUACUAAUAUGUUUAUAAUCUUUUUUGUUUAAUAAUAAAUCUCAAUCUAAAUACAUAUGAGUAUUUAGAUAUUUUUAUCUACUUAAUAUUUUAAUAUUACCUUGUUUCAUAAUUACUAAAAUAUAUGCCUCUUUUGAUGAAUUAAUAUUAAAAUAGAGUUACAGAGGCAUAUUUUUCUUAAAGACCUAGUAUUAAAGAUCUCACCGCUGGGUCUGAUGGUGGAUGUUAUUGAUAUUAAGUGAGAUGGUGUAUGUAUGUAUCUCUGUUAUAGACUCGUCUCUCCAGAAGCGGGGAGGUAGCAGCGGUGGUGGUGACUCAGUGGGUGCAGAGAGAGGUGAAGGAGUGAUUGCCAUGACUACGACUGGAGCCCAGUAUGCCCUCGCAGCAUCCACCGGAGCUAAUAACAGUGGGGGUAGCUCCACACCAGUAGGGGUGGAAUCUAAGCCAAGCGUGGUUGUCGUGACUACUUCCAGUUCCAGUGGUGGUGGCAGUGGAGCACAAACUCAGUCAGCCAGAGGCCAGCAACUUAUUACUGUUGUGACAAGUUCUGAUCCUUCUAGUCCAAAUAAUCUACAACCUAUUCAGUUAUUGGUUCAGGAUCCGCUUGAAACAGCUGCAGAUUCUUCAAACGGCUCGACAGGUACAUCAGCACAUGUUACAGCACAGGUAGUUGUCAAUACCACACACUCAGGCCAGCAUACACUAGUGGAUUCUGACGCUGCUUCUACAUCGGCUGGUACUAUUGUUAGUGAUUCUCCACACUACAUAACAGUUACAGGCACCAGUGAUUCACCAUCCUACGCAUCCCUCACAACAGCUGUAGUGUCUGGUGACGGUGAGGCGGUGGGGUCCGAGUCAGUCUCUCACUCAACCUAUGUUCAGUAUGUCGAAGGGGAUGGUUCCACGUAUAUACCGGCGAAUGGCCAGAUGACAUAUCCUGUUUAUGCUGUCGGCGAGACAGGAUCAAUGUAUACUUCAGGUUCGAGUCAGUACUACACUCCAGCAACAACGCCAGUAACGUAUGCACAGGUCACAGGACAAGGCUCGAACACAACUACUGGACAAUUAUUAUCACAGGGCAAUGGCACAUAUUUGAUUCAACAGAGUGUAGUAGACGGUGAUCCGACUACUCAUGCCCUCAUGUCGGCGGCAGCCGCGCGCGCUAGCCCGCAAACGGAAACAGCGGAGACUGUGGUUAGCGGGGGUGGAGGGACGUACUUGAUCAGCGGUAAUUCAGGAGGUGCCACUGUCACCGUGGAAGAAGCAGCAGCCGCGGCUGCAAACAUGACGCAUGCCACUAGAGUCUCCCAGGCCACCGUACAUUGGUUGCUAGAAAAUUAUGAAACUGCCGAUGGUGUGUCCCUUCCAAGAUCGACUCUUUACAAUCACUAUCUACGUCAUUGUUCCGAAAACAAAUUAGAUCCUGUAAAUGCAGCCAGUUUCGGGAAAUUAAUACGUUCAGUAUUUUUGGGUUUAAGAACGAGACGUUUAGGAACUAGAGGAAAUUCGAAAUAUCAUUAUUAUGGGAUUCGUGUCAAACCAAGCUCACCUUUAGUCAUGUUGAAUGAAGAUGGAACAUCGAGACAGCCGCAGAGCGCGAAUUCUCAAACCAAACGAUUUAAAUUCGUCAAUCAGAAACAAGAAUCAUCUUAUGAAAAUAAUACACAUACGAAUACGAAUAUAUCUUCUAAUCCUUCUCCACCGCAGUAUCAUCAAUAUCUUGGUGAAGCGAGCGGUGCUAUACCCGAUUUUCCGGAAAUUUUUAUAAGUCAUGAUGCGUCUCUACCUGAAGAUUGCACGCUGGAAGAUAUUGAUACGUUUCGCAGCAUAUACAGAGAACAUUGCGAAGCGUUCUUAGACGCAGUGCUAAAUUUCGAAUUCGCUACUGUAGAGAGCCUUUGGAGAGAAUUCUGGCGCAGCCAGGACAAUAAUAAUGGCGAUGAGUGUGAAGAAGAGAAAUAUUUAUCAAAAACUAAACUAUAUCAGAUGUGUAAGUGUACAGGAGUGCAAGAUUUUAUCAAAAAGGUGGAUUAUACCUUCUAUCAAAAUCUAGUCGAAGUAUUAAUGCCUAAUGUAUUACGACCGAUACCAAGUUCAUUGACUCAGUCCAUCCGAAACUUUGCGAAAGGGUUAGAAUCUUGGUUACAGUCAGCAAUGGCAGACUGCCCCGAGGAGAUGACACAAAUUAAGUUAACUGCAGUAUCAGCUUUUGCUCAAACUUUAAGGCGUUACACAUCAUUAAAUCAUCUAGCACAAGCCGCACGAGCCGUUCUCCAAAAUUCUAGUCAAAUCAAUCAAAUGUUAGCUGAUUUGAAUCGCGUUGAUUUUCAUAACGUACAAGAACAAGCAUCCUGGGUAUGUCAAUGUGAUUAUGGGAUGGUACAACGUCUGGAAGCGGACUUUAAAGUAACGUUACAGCAACAAAAUUCUUUAGAAGAUUGGGCAAUCUGGUUAAAGGGAGUCGUAACACAAGUGCUGAAACCAUUUGAGGAGAAGCCAACGUACGCUAAAGCAGCACGUCAAUUUCUGCUGAAAUGGUCAUUUUAUAGUUCGAUGGUUAUUCGGGAUCUCACUUUAAGGAGUGCGGCGAGUUUCGGGUCUUUCCAUCUUAUCAGAUUACUUUAUGAUGAGUACAUGUUUUAUUUAAUAGAGCAUCAGGUAGCAAUUGCAACCGGGACUACGCCAAUAGCUGUAAUGGGAGACAAAAGUCAAAAUUGUUCUUUAGUGGGCUUCGGAGCAACAUCUAAUGGAGAUGCGUCUAACGAAACCAAACGUAUGAAGCUAAGCUAACUGCGUGCCUACGCCCUUUAGUUGAUGAGUAAAGCAGUAGCACGAGAGAAUGAGAUACUAGCACGAAAGCAUGCAGGCCUAUUACUGAGGAGAACACACUAGUCUCGUAAAUUAUUAUUUUAUAUAAUGUCAAAUUAUACUACGACUUACAAGAGAAAACGAGCAAAAGAGAGAGAGAGAGAGAGAGAGAGAGAAAGGAAGAAAGAAAGAGAGGGAGAGAGAGGAUUUUUGCACACGAUGUAUACAAUUUUAAGUAAGUCUGUGUGAUAUAAGAUAUAGAAAUGUAUACUCCGCGAAGCCUUGUCUCGUAAAAGUUGUUUCAUAUACAUCAAUGACGAUUUUUCUGCACCAUAGCAAUGUUGAAGCGAAAAAUAUAGUACGGUGCCUGACAUGUUAAAACAUGUCAAUUUAUUAUUAUGACAACAAUAUUUUAUUUACUGUUAUGAAUGAAAUAUCGUUGAUCUGACCACGUCACUGAUGUGUGUGUAUCAAUUUUAAUAAGUAUUGGCGCAAAUUAAAGGUAUCGCUGGCACGAUGUUUAGUACGUUAGUGUAUCAGAUCUAGUCGAAGACACCUUUGAAAAAAAAGUAAAAAAAUAGUAUAUGGGACCAUGAAUUGUCAUGCCCUCACUGGAACACGUACGAAGCCCACUCGAGCGUGUUUUCCACUAUUGUUUUUUUGUUUAUGUUAUUUAACUGUCAAUAUGCAUUUAUUAAAUGGUAUGACUUUUUUAUUUUACCAUGAAAUAAAUUUAAUAAUUUACAUGACAAUUUUAACAAUGCUAAAAGUACUGUUAAGAUACGUUAAGAAAGUAAAUGAUUUACUACAAUUUUUUAUUGCAUAAUUUGCUAGUUUUUUAAUUUUAUUUUAAAUGGUAUUCUUAUAUCUAGUAAGAUAUAUAAAAUAAUGACAAUGAUUUUAAUAAAUAUCACUUAAUGCUAAGUGCACAUUAAAAUACAUAUAUCCGCUUUAUGUAUAAAGAGAACUACAUUGAGUGGGCUUAAAAGUGAACAACAGUUUGUGCAAAGGAAUAUAUGAGUAUCGUGCAAAACAUUGUGAAACGUUUACCUAGCAUUCCGGUGCGAAUCCCGGUUUGCACAAAUUCGCGUACGCAACCAAUUGCAAAAAUCCGCCCUAUCGACGGUACAUGUCAAAAGUAUUCCUACCAGAAUAGAGGAAAUUUAGAUUGCCGUAACGAUAAAUAGAAACUUUUAAAGUUUACAUAUACCCGACAUUCAUAUUUUUUAACGUAAUCUAUCGAUUGAACAUCGAGCUCUGGUAUGGUGGUUUUGUUGAAGAGCUUUCUAUUGCAGUCCGCUGCUAUUCUCUCAGUAUAAUUAAACGGAUAGUACAAAAAUACUAUUGAGAAGAAAGGAAAAGAGAGAGAAAAAAAGAGACGCAAACACGGAAGUCGUUUUAAUUUACUGACAGAAUAUACAAUAUGCGUAUAUUCUUUACCUUGAAUGUACAUAUGUCAGCUAUGUAGCGGAUAAAUAUACACACGAUUGUUGAAGUUGAAGUAAAAACCGCAAAGUGCAUAUGAUAGACAAUGAGAGCAUUUACAACUAUGCAUUUACUAUAUGCUCGACGUUUUUUAAUCGGUUGAGGAUCUGUCUACAAUGAAAAUAUGUGUCGGUAUAUGUUUCGUAUCCAAUAGGCGCUUCACAAAUAACUCUUUGUAUUUUAAAAGUAUUAGAUGUAAGUCAAAUGCGCCGAAUGAGUUUCGUACAUGUUGUGUUUGUUUCAUUUGGAUGACGGAAGUAUUUAAUGUGAUGUAAUAUUUGUUUUCACAGUUAUAUCGCGCGGGUACUGUAUAUCUUUUGUGUAUUACACGAAUUUUUAUUUGUUCAUGUGUAAAGAAUUAGAUCGGUCCUUUUUUGUUUCAUCAGACAAAAAAUAUAUUUAUAACGAAUUAUUUUAUAUAUGAAUUUUUUUAUACGCAUGCGCGUUCGAGGAGCAGCUUCUUGAACAUCGAACAUUAAGGGAGAGGUUAAUCAAACUGAUAUAUAUAUAUAUAUAUAUAUAUAUAUAUAUAUAUAUAUAUAAUUUCGAUUAAUUAUUUAUAUUGUAGUACCAAAGUAGUCAUUUAUCGCGUUCGUUUAUUCACGAUCGUUUUCUUUUUAAGUUUUAUUACGUUGAUUUAUUUUAAUUUAUUUCGUGUGCGUUUAUAUAAAAUCGCAUUUCCGUAGUUACAAUUUGCACAAAUCGCAAAAGAAAGUAAUCUUGGAUUACAUGGACAAGAGAAAAUUUAUUAAUGUAUAUAUAUGUGAGACAUAUUUUCAUAUUUCUUAUGAAAAUUAGGAGCGAUUAAAAACUUACAGUUUCAACGAAACUAAAAUGCACCAUCGCAUAGUUUAUCUCUCUUACUGAUUUCUUUUUGUAACUUCAGUACGGUAAGAUUUACUAACGCAUCUUUAUACUCUUUCACAAGUUCUUUUACUAAUUUGUUACAAAAAGUAUACAUAUAUAUAAAAUGCAGGAAGAAAAAGAUGUAUAUAACUGCGAUUCAUAAUAUGUAUACGCGCGCAUUUAUCUAUAGUUCAUGUUAUCUAUGCUGUAAAAAAUGUGCGCGUAUGGUUAUUACGGAACGCAGCCCAUUAACAAAAUCGCUUGUUAAAGAUAGAAUUUCUAUCGUGUAGCCCAAUAUUACAUUCUUUUCCUAUGACACAAAAAAUAUGAGAAAAAUGCUGAAUUAGUAUAAUACACUUCACGAAGUGUUAAUUACACAUAACUAUGGCAGUUAUGGUAUUCCUGCUUGGGUAUAAGUUAUAAUUCGACACGUCGAGGAAUACAGACGAUGAUAGACAACUGUUUAUAACGAUAGAAUUCGGGAGAUGAAACUGCUGCAUUAUAAUGAACAUCGCUAUAUGCAAAAAAUAAUGUAACAUAUACUUAUCUAUUCCUACUAAGAAGCUGCAUACUAACUCGCACUUUACUUAAUCCUCGACGGAGCUGUACACUUUCCUAUAAGCAAACUGAACGUUUGGCAAAAAUACUUGGUGCCUUUUAUUUUAUACAGAGGGUGGAACGUGAACAUUUCUACACACUGAAUCAUACAUCCUAAUUGUACGAACAUAAAGAACUUCAUCCAGAUCGUGCGACCAGUAUCGCGUAAAAUUGUGUACACUUAUAUAUUGUGUUAUGUAUUAUAUUACUUAAUGCAUUUGUAGAAGAAAAACCCAGCGCAGUAUUGUUAGCGUUAGAACAAUAGUCGGUCGCUCAUCUACUCGAAGUUAACGUUAACACUUGACCGACGUGCAUUAAUAUGCUAUUAUAUUGACCUCUUUGCGAUGGGUAGCAGAAGAUUUGUAUAAAUCAAUACAUUUUUAUUGAAUUAUUUAAUUAUAUGUACGUAGAAGUAUGUACUCGGAUAGAAAUAUUUCCUCUUACAAGUAUAAACAGGAGGAAAUAUUUUAUAUUUUACGAAAGACGAAAACAAAAAUGACGCCAGAUAUAUAAAAUUCUUAAAAAAUGAUAUGAUAAUCUCAUUUGUCACUGUAAAAUAAACAUUCUUAGGACCUCCGCACAAAAACAUCCCCGUAACAAGUUACGUUAACUUGAAGAAUAUUGACCUAUGUCAAUGCACAAAGAAAUCUGAAACGUAAGAAAGGACUUUCAUAAUGGAUUUCUUUGUGCGUUGAUAUAAGUUUAUUUCUAAGUUUAUUUAACGUAACGUGUUAUGAAUGUUCUUGUGCGAAGGCCUAAGAAUGUAUUUUGAACUUAGGAGAGUUAAGAAAACUUAAGAAAACACAUCGAAACAUAUUUUAACAAUAUUUACCAGAAACAGAGAUGAAAUCUAUUAUAAAUGCCAAGCAAUUGGUCAGUUGUUUUUUUAAAUGAAAAAAUAACAUAAAAGAAAUGUUUUUCAUAUAAAAUAUUGUAUGUUAACAAUUUUGAAAUUCGUAGCAUUAUGCAUGUUAUUGACACCACUAGAUAACAGAAAUUAAUAAAUAAGAAAUUGCGCACGGAAAAAACGAAACUUCGAGAAAUUCAAAACUUGAGGUUCAUUUAAAUUAAUAUUUAAACUAACUUACAAUAAACAUUUACAUAAAUGCUAAAAAUGCGCCUUGAGGGACAAAAUAACUACAUGUGUAUAUGCAGACAUAUGUGACUGGAAAACAGAACACGAAUUUGUUUAUUUCUUUAAAUUUUUCUGUUAUUCUGGUAAUAUACAAAAUUUGACUAAAAAUAGAUUUAUAUACGUGGUCUGAGUAAGACGUAGGUUUACGUGUCGGUUGAGUGUUAAAGUUUUUUUUUUCGGGUGAAAAAUGAUGAUGCUACAGAAAGCGUUUUGGGCAAUAUUCAGUUUUGCCUCUUUAGAUUCAAAAUCUUGUGUCUAUGUCCCGUGAAUGUUUUCUCUUCCAAACUGUUUGAUUUAUUUGGCAAGCGGUUGUGCGAAGAGAAGGGUACUAAAAAACUGGUCUCAAUAUCCCAAGCAGAACAGAAUAUCACAAUGACGUAAAAUUACAAAGAAUAAUCGAAUCAUGAUUGAAAAGUAAAUCUUUUUACUAUCAUGUUGAUGUUAUUGUAAUUUUUUGUUCUAUUUGGGGUCAUAUCGCGACACAAGUCGCAGAGUAGCGCGUCGUCGCUAACAUUAGAACAUAUGCGUCUAAUUUAUUGUAUAGGAUUACUGCGUACUAGUCAAAUAUAAAAAAAAAGAGAUAAAAUUUGUUAGUGUUAAGUGGCAAGAAAAAAAUAGGUAUUGAGGACGAAAGAAAGAGAGAGAGAGAGAGAGAGAAAGGGAGAGGAGCAGGGAGAGAAAGAUAAAGAAGGUAUAUCGCACAGUACAUCGACCGCGAGCAGGAUUAGGAAGUUUUUGUAACUGUAAUGAGCUUAUACGUGUAAAAAUAAAACUUAUCGUCGAUACCUAUGUGUACCUAGAGUAUAAGGAACGGGCUUUACGGGCGAUUCGCAGCGUUCUUGCGCCGCCGAUGAAAAUCCGAAUGCGACAAGCGGAACGCGACUCCAGGUGCCCGGAGUGAUGCACGCGGGCGAAAUUGUGCCGCUUCUCAGUGGCAUUAGGUGCAUCUAUCCGUUACCCUGUCGCAUCGUGUUUGUACUACUUUAAGUUAGGAUCGCUCCACGUAAAUUUUACAACCGUCGCGAAAGAUCGGCGGGCAAAAGUAGUCCGAUAGAUUGUACACAAGAUCAAAUACACAUCGUGGUUUCCUAUGUUGCGAGAUAAGUAAACACGGCCUUAAAUAUUUCCGAUUGUUCGACGGAGAGGGAAAGGUAAUACUAGAGAAUGCAAAAGAAAAAUGAGAGAGAGAAAGAGAAGAAGUUGAUAUGUGGGAAGAAGGAUCGUGCGAUGCUCCGAAAGAGAACCGAAAGAAGCAAAUAAGAGUAGAAGUAUCAUCGUUUUUCCUUGAUAGAAAAUAUUUUGAUACCUCCAGAUUUGCACAAAUCAAGUGUCAUUUGUUACCGCUUGAAUAACAUCAUUUUUACUGAACGCCGCUCAAAAAGAAAAAAAAAAAGAUAAAGUAAAAAAGGUGACAGCAAACUUAUAUACAGAUCGCGCGAAACGACAUAAGAAUCCCUAAGAGUCUGUGUGAAUGUGCGGAUCACGAGAAAUAAAUAAUCUAUGUUUAAAACUUGUAAUCGUAUCUCGAUACCUUGUAGAACGCGAAUGGUCCAUUUCUCAUCGUUUUUAUCACCGAAUAUCACAUACUACAUCAUUUUCACGAUGAGACAACUUUAUAAGAAACACUUUAGAUUUUUUAAUGUGCGAGCUAAUUUCUCUAUAAUUUUUUUUAUCGCUUAUGCAAAACUCUUACAGUAUAAAUGAAGCUUAUGUUUAAGAUCAAAUUAUUGCGAUGUAUAGUUCGCCGGUUUAGUAGAAAUUUAUCGUAAUCGCAUUUUUUAAUUUAUAUGACCUUUAAUUUAUCUUACAUCAGGCGUUAUGUAUGUCUAAACUUAUUAUUACGUUGAAAGUAUAAUUUAUUUAGCGCUCUAAGAACAAUACAAGUAUAAUUUUCCAGGAUUUUUCACGAUUUUCAACUUCAUAUGCAAACUUACAAAUUGUACAAGUAACUGCUGUUACAAUAUUAAGAUAUGCUUGACAUCCAGUGUAUUGCACAUUAGACAUUACAAUUGAAAUUUCUUUAAUUCCGCUAGCUUUAGCUUUAAAACAUUUCCGUGAUCCUCGCAAAUGUGUUGAUUUAUCUUAUUGUCGUGAUAUUUUUAUCGUGUUGCGAUAAUAAGAUUUCAAUCGCUGACAACGAAAGGCAAAGUUACAUAACUGUGUAUAUACGAUUGACGACUCACGAUGCAUGAGCCGUUGCCGUAAGUUGCACGUAACUAAUAAAGACCUUUACCCGGCGGGAUUACAUGCCGCCAGAUUAAUA